CUUUAUCUAAUCUAUGAUUGUGAUAACCUAACCUCAAAUCGCAACACAAUAAACAAGUUGUAAUCGAGACGUUUAACAAAUUAAAUAAAUCGUUCAAAACAAGUAUUUUAGUGCGUGAAAAAAAUGUCGGGCCAAUUAAUUCAGUUUGUGAACUGCAAAAUAUUGCGCGAUCACAAGUUUAUCCUUGAUGAUUUUUGGGUGCGAGAUGGCAAAAUUGUCGAUCCAGAAAAAGUGUUUUUCGAUGAAAAAAUCAAAGCCGACAAACAAGUGGACUGCCAUGGAAACUUAAUCGUCCCCGGGUUCAUUGAUUUGCAAAUAAAUGGGGGGUUUGGGUACGAUUUUUCAACCGGUGACACUAAAAAAGCGCUAGAUGUAGUAUCGAAAGGUAUUUUGGCGCAUGGUGUGACUUCGUUCUGUCCCACAGUGGUCACCUCUCCAAUAGAGGUGUACCACAAGAUUCUGCCUUUGAUACGAAAAAAGAAAGGGGGAAAACAUGGGGCGGCUAUUUUAGGUUGUCAUUGUGAGGGGCCGUUUAUUAAUGUCGCUAAAAAUGGUGCUCACCCCCCUGAGUGCAUUUUGGAGUAUACUGAUGGUUUUAAAUCCAUAGAAGAGACCUAUGGUGAUAUAGAAAAUAUUAAUAUUUGUACAUUAGCCCCAGAGUUUAAUAAUUCAGAGGAAGUAAUUAAGGAAUUAAAGAAAAAAAAUAUUGUAGUAUCUUUAGGUCAUUCUAAAGCUAACCUUAAGGAUGGUGAGGAAGCAGUCAAAAAUGGGGCCACCUUAAUAACACACUUAUUUAAUGCUAUGUUGCCUUUUCAUCACCGAGAUCCAGGUCUGGUAGGCUUGCUAGCCAGCGAUAAAUGCGACACCAUUUACUUUGGUAUAAUCGCUGAUAAUAUUCAUACACAUCCAGCUGCACAAAGAAUCGCCUAUAGAGUUUGUCCAAAAGGUUUGAUACUUGUGACUGAUGCUAUUUCAGCGCUAGGUUUAAAUGAAGGUUCACAUAGUAUAGGGCAGUUAAAAAUAGAAAUAAGAAAUAAAAUGGCGUUUAUUGCGGGUACUAAUACAUUAUGUGGUAGUAUGGCUUGUCUGCUGGAAUGUGUUAGACUUUUUGUUGAAGCAACAGGAUGUACUAGAGAAUAUGCAUUUGAGGCAGCCAGUUUACAUCCAGCUAAAGUUUUGGGCAUAGAAAAUCAAAAAGGGACCUUAAAUUUUGAUUCUGAAGCUGAUUUUGUUAUUUUGGAUUCAGAUUUAAAUUUGGUUUCUACUUGGAUUGCUGGGGAGUGUGUUUAUGAAAAUUAAUUUUGAAAAUAUUUUUUUAAUAAAUUUUAAUGCGUGGCAAUAUAUUUUUAUAAAUCUAUUAUAAUAUUUUUUUAAUAAAAUGUUUUGAAAUUAUCACAAA